AGUCGAUGAACAGUGACAGCAAUUAAACAGACGAAGGAGACAUCACGAGCUGUUAGCUGGUUGAGCUAUAUCUAUGAUAGACAUCGACAGAUAGCAGGCUUGUUUUCGGAAAAUCGCAUAUUUUAAGAAGAGCUAAUGGUUUUGGGGUAGAUUCUUACGUUUCUCUCUGCACUGAGUGGCUAACCGCAAAAGGAAGCAAUGAACUUCCAGGGCAGUCGGAGGCGAGGAGAGGAUGGCAUUGCCAUGGUGAUUGACUUCCUGCUGUCUAACGCUCGACUGGUUCUGGGAGUUGGAGGAGCAGCUAUGUUGGGCAUAGCUACACUGACAGUGAAACGGCUGAUAGAGCGUGCAGGCCGUGCAGCAGAUGAUGAAAAGGUGGAGCAGAAGAUGGCUGAGAGCUGGGAGGAGUUGAGUUUGGUCUCUGCUUCCCCAACAAUGAUCAGGAAGGGCAUAGAGGGCAUGGUGAUGAAGCAUGUUGCCAAGGCGACCAAACAGCAGAAAGCUGAUCUCUACCAACAACCUCAGAUGUCCUCUCUGGAGGAGCAGCCUAAACCUGAGUCAAAGUCCAAGAGGCUCCAGCUGUUCGUCCUCAGUUUGCAGGAGCAUCUGCAGCAGUACUAUCACACAAGGGCAGCACUUUCUCCACAUGAGAUCCGGAGGGCUCAGUCUCUGGCUCUGGACAUCUGCACUGAGAUCCAGGGCUUUCUGCACAGCCGCCACCCGGACAUGCCGCUGGGAGAGAUGAGCCUCGGAGGUUCUCUACUGGACGACUUACAGGUUGUCACUGCAGACCAUGCAUGUCUGCUCGUGCCUCUGCAGCUGGAAGCUUCUCUGUGGCGUCUCAUACCAGGAGAGGAGACACUACUCACACACCCUCUGCACUGGAUGGUCCAACGGGUCAAUCUGGAGUAUUUCCCCAGAGGCCGCAGCUACUGGGACAGGUACUUGGUAGGUGGUUAUCUGUCUGCAGAAGCUGUUGUGAACAUGUUCAAUAAGUCCAUCAUGGAGACUGUGAACUGGCCGUCAAUCAGCAGCACUCUGGACUGUCUCGUCAGACCUGUUCUGGGAGGACCCGACCUAAGACUGGAGGUCAAGCCUGGAAGUGAAAAUGUUGGAGCAGACAGCAGCGACCAAUCCCUGUUUAUCUCCAUGCUGCCUCUGUUGAGGGAAGCUGACGUGGUCCUGACCGCCCAACCUGAGCUCACCUCCCCGUGGUUGAACGCCUGGCACCUUUCCCUCUACCCGUGGGAGACUCAGCGUCUGGCUCAGCUCGACUCAGCUGAUGAUGGCUGCCGCAGACACACACUUAAAAUCCUUAAAGCCGUGUGCACACUGAACCCAGCCCUGCGACCUCUGGAAGCCGCCCCACUGGCCAAUCUCAUCUUACACCUCAGUGAUGGCGAGGGCAACUGGUCUGAGAGCAACCUGCAUGUCAGAUUCCAGCAGUGCAUCACAGAGCUGAUCAGCUACCUCGAGCAAGGGGCGUUGCAUAGUUACUUCAAACCUGCUGUCAAUCUGCUGAGCAGCUUGUCAGAGGACCAGGUGGACCAGAUGGGCUUCAUGCUUUACUGCGCUGUGUCGGAGCCAGAGAUACUGCUUAUUUAACUCUUUGCACAAAAGCACCAUUUCACACUUCUGCAGCCGUGACAUGCACAGGACACUGGGGUAAUAUUUUUCAUGAUGUUUGGUUUAAAGGCUUCUUGUUUGGCUCCUCUGUCUUACUCUCUAAUGCAAGGGAAAAUGGGUUCAAAGUCAGGUGGACGCUGCAGAUUUGUGAGCGUUAAUGAAGUCAAACAAGAAGUGCCAAGAAGAAGAGCUGAGGAAGUGUUUAUCAAAAUGAUGAAAACGUAGUUUCGGGAUGGGCUGUGCUGCCAAGUCUGCAUUCAGUGACGGUCAACCUGCCACAUACAGUUAAGAGCUGAACAGAAGUGCAGUGUUUGACUUCAGUGCUUGCGUUCUUUCUGUCCUCUGGUAAUAUGCGCUCUGCAUCAUCUUCCUGAAUCUCAACUAAAUGUUUUAUGUAGAAUAAUAAUGACCACCAGGUUUUGCUGCACUGAUUAAACUAUUCAGUCUGUCUGAGUGAAGUUAUCAAACUCAA